AUGGCAUCUGCACACAUUGUCUUCUAUCUGAUAUGUUUGUUCUUGGGUGUAAUUGCUCAGAGGAACAACAUGCAUGUAUCCUCCUCUGUUCAUGAAGAAGCACGUUUUAUAUCAGCUAAAUCUGGAGACAGAGUGACUUUACAUUGUUACUAUGAACAGAAUGUUGCUGCACGUUUGUACUGGUAUAAGAAAACUUUAGGAGAGAAACCAAAACUUAUUUCUACCUUCUAUAAGACAGAAUCCAAUUUUGUACAAUUUCAUGAUCCAUUCAACAAUACUACACGCUUCAGACUAGAUAAUGAAAAAGGAAAAAACCACUUGAUUAUCUCAGACUUAAGUGUUUCAGACUCAGCAACUUACUACUGUAUAUGUUCCUACUGGUACACAUCAACAUUCUUAGAGACCAUUAUUGUCAGUGUCAGUGAUUUAGAUUUAAACAUACGAGCUUUAGUUCAUCAGUCAGCAUCUGAGACCAUCCAGCCAGGAGGCUCUGUAAGUCUGCACUGUAUGGUGCACACUAUGCUGAGCUGUGAUGGAGAACACAUCGUUUACUGGUUCAAAGACUCUGAAGACUCUCAACCAGGACUCAUUUACACCCAUGGAGUCAGGAAUGAUCAGUGUGAGAGGAAAGCCAACAAAAGAACACACACCUGUGUCUAUAACUUGAGAAUAGAGAGCCUGAAUUUGUCUCACACUGGGAUCUACUACUGUGCUGUCGCCUCAUGUGGACACAUACUGUUUGGAAAUGGGACCAAGCUGGACUUUGGGGGAUUUACAGAUUCUCCUGCCCUGAUGUAUUUCUUAAGCGCAGCUUUAACACUCACCAGCAUCAUCAGUGUGUUAUCAACUUUGACAGUGUAUAAGAUGAAAAAGAGGAACAACUGCCAAUCCAGAGAAUCAAACGCAAAAGAUUCUGUAAAUUUAGAGGGCAUGAAGCAUGAAUGGAGGAGAUCCAGGCCCCAGACAUUCAGAGGCCCCAGAGUGCGAGAGACCAAGGAGGACCACUGGAGGGGCAUCCUUGCCACCCUCCUGGGAAGAGCUGAGGAGAGCCCCAGACGAGGGGUCACCAGCAACCACGGAACCAAAGCCAGAGGGGGCUGCAGUGGCGUGCCCACAGGCUCUGCCGGCAGCCAGCUUUGCCAGAGCGAACCAAGCCGCAGGCCCAGAGGCCUAAGGUCGCCCCACCCCGUGGAGGAGGCCCGACCAAGCCACGGGCGCCAGGCCACCUGGAGUGAGCCGGGUGGAGGCAAGCAGACCGCCCCCGCCCCCAUAGCAGCAGGGAGGCCCCGCAUCCCAGAUGCCAAUCGGACGGACAACACCUCCCCCCAGCCCCCCACGCCCCGAUGGCUAAAAGAGAAUGGGGGUGUUUCCAUAUUGCGUCAGUUCAUUUCUUCUGGGCCUCAGCCUCCCCGCUCAUCUGCACUACCACCAGUCCACGUGGUCCCCACUUCAACCCUCCUUUCACCCUAUGGCAGUUGGGAUAUUCUCUGCAACUAUGAACUGGACAAGCUUUCGAACAUGAAGGAAAAGAAAGAAAGGUAG